UAUACAAAGACAUCUACCACUACAAAAUACUGUCGGUAGUUGACUUGAGAACUCUCUAAUCCAACUCAUUUCAAAAUGGACUUGGUGGGACAAAACCAAUCACUUCACCAUCGUCAGGAUGAAGAAGAAGAAGAAGAAGAAGUGACGCUUCUUGUUCGCCAGUCUCGUCACAAUUCUGCUCAAGCGAAUGAGAAAGCUGAAGAACAUGCCCCAGAAGCUGAGAAAGAAAAACAAGAGCUUGAUAAUGCAGGUGGGCGUGAAGAAGAAGGCAAUGGAUCUGUUGAUGGAUUUUCUGGAAUGAAAAAUCUUGCAGACGAGUCUGUUGUUUUGGAGGCAAAUCUGAAGGAUGAGGAGUUGCAUGUGAGCGCUGAUAUCACUCAUGAAAGUGGCAAGAAUUUGGAAGAUGAAAUCCUUUCAAGUUUGAGUUUGCCUAUGGUUCAAAUGUCUAAUGAAAAUAUAUGCAUAGAUACUCCCACUGAAAUCAGUCAGGAAAAUGGGAAGAAUUUGGAAGAUGAAAUGCUUUCAAGUUUGAGUUUGCCCGUGGGUCAAAUGUCUCAUGAAGAAAUAAGUAUAGAUCUGGAGCAUCUUAAGGAUAAAACUGGAGAACAUGCAGAUGUUGAAUUAAUAGAGGAAGUUGACCAAGAAUGGACAGAAAUAGAUGUCGAGAUGGUGUUAAAAAAGCAGAAUACACAUGAUUUAUUAUGUCCUAAUUGUAAUUCUUGUAUAACCAGAAGGGUCAUCCUUCGUAGAAAGAAGCCAAAAUUUCGAACUAUUCCCCAUAGACCAAAACGUGGCAAGUCUGAAAUACAAUCUGUUCCAGAUGCUAAUCCAGCUUAUGCAACCAAUGUUGAAGAUCCUGACACUUCUAAUAGUUCAAAUGACGCCCCUACCCAUGUAGCUGAUGAUGACAAUCAUGAUAAACAACCAGAGGCAUUCAGAUGCUUAUCAUGCUUCAGCAUUUUCAUUCCUACAGGUAAUGGACUUAAACUAUUUCAAGUUUUUGGAGAUAGCAAUAAGAAUGGAAAAAUGGAAGAUGUUCAAAGUAUACCUGCAUCCAAGAAAAAUUGGUUCACCUCUCUUUUUGCAUUAGAUAACAAGAAAGCAGAUAUUGAUCAAGGUACAAGAUCAACAAAGCCUUCAGAAGUAGAUAUAAUUAAUCAGCAUAAAUCAUCAUGUAAUUCUGACCAUACACUAUCUGGCCAUGAAAGUGAUCAUCCAGUGGUACCACCUGAUGACAGAAGUCCAAUAGAAACUAAAGAAGUUGAAGACGAUACCCUUGCUAAGUCUCAGCAAGGUGAAAUGGGCUCUUUAAAUCAUUCAAAAGUGGAGUCUAACUUGACUGAGAAACUCUUGAUAGACCACAAAACCAAUAUGGAAACAGAGAACAAGACACCUGCUCAUCAUAAUGGUCUUGACUUAUCAACUGAAGGUGCUUCGUCACCAAUUAAAGCUCCUUGCAGUGCAGGGCUGGUUAGCUCUGCACUAAUAGAUUCUCAGGAAGUUGGGAAGGGUAUUGUAAAUUCCACAACAAGAGAACUGAUACCUUGUAAUGAUGUAUCAAGUGAUGUGGAGAAGAAAUCAACUCAAGGUGCUUCGUCAAUUAAUGCUCUUAUCAGUGUAGGACUUUCUAGUUCUGCAUUAGUUGAUUCUGUAGAGGCUGGGAGAGCUACUGAAUAUUCUUUAAUAAAAAAGCCAAUACCUUACAAUGGUGUAUCAAGUGAUGUGAGGGUGACCAUGGGUGAUUUGAUGAUUAACAACAAAACAGGGGAUGAUGUGAUAGUGAAUAUCACUGAAACACAGUCAGUUGAACAAACAUCUUCUUUGAGGGUACAAGAUGUUGACACUUCUUCACAAGAAAGACUUCUGCCGGAGAGUGGAACUCAGACACUUGUUGACCACCGACAAGGUGCUGCAGAAAGUGAAGCCCUUCAGUGGGAUAUUCUAAAAUGCAUUGUGUAUGGUGGUUUAGUUGAAUCAAUAACAAGUCUUGGAGUUGUAUCUUCUGCAGCGGCUGCUGGUGCUUCAACAUUGAACAUUUUGGCUUUGGGAUUGGCAAAUCUUAUCGGUGGACUUUUCAUUAUUGCUCACAAUCUUGGAGGCUUGAGAAAUGAAAGUUCUGGAGAGACUGAGCACGAAGACCGGUACCAACAACAACUUGGACGGAGAGACAGAUUCUCACUUCAUGCAACAGUAGUUAUCUUAUCAUUUCUCAUCUUUGGCUUGGUGCCUCCUGUCGUAUAUAGCUUCUCAUUUCGUAAGAGUGACAAUGUAGAUUAUAAGCUUGCCGCAGUUGCAGGUUCCUCUCUUGCGUGCAUCUUUUUGCUUGCAGUUGGGAAGGCUCAUGUGCAGGCGCCACCCAAAUCUUACAUCAAAACAACAUUGCACUAUGUUAUCUUAGGAGUUCUGUCCUCCGGUGUGAGUUAUGUUGUCGGCGACCUAAUCAAGAUGCUUAUGGAGAAGCUUAACUGGUUUGAGUCGAGUACCGAUUUCAUGAUACCUCACCGAAAGAACCCAGGAUGGGAAUCCUAUUGACACAUCAGGAUUAUAGUUUGUAUUCAAAGGAAUUUUUCUUGGUUAGGUGUUCAAGGAAAUUAACUAGACAUUACUGAGCUUAGAACCUUUUUUUUUUUAAAUAAUUCUAUAUAUACCUCCUUUAGAUAUACAAAUUUAUAUAUGUUUAUAUGUGUUAUCAUAUGACUUAGUGACAUAUAUAAAUAUGUAUACAAUUGUGUACCUAAAGUGGGUAUACAUAGUAUUGCUUUUUUUUUUUUUAAAAAAUCCAAGUAUUAUGUUGCAGGGAAACAAACUUUUGCUAAAUGCAAUGGCUUGAGAUAGAUGGUUUUUUGGGAAUAAAUGUAAAUCUUCAUUUUUGCUUUGAAGAUUUAAUUAGGCAA